AAAAAAAACAAACAAAAAAAGGCUAUGGGAGGGAAAAGGUUAACCCACAAAGACAAGUUUUGGGGGGAAAAAAAAGUUCCAUGUGUUUAUAUGACAGCUUGUCUAUUGCAGUGGUCUAACAGUUGGGUUCUCUUUUGGGUUAAGGUGUUGAAGGCUUGCUGUGGUGUUUUCAAUGAGGGGCUGACCCUAAUAGAGAGAGAGGGAGGAAGAUUCCUUGCUGACAGUGAGAGGGGGACGUAACAUUCUUGUAUAGGAGAAAAAAAAAGAAGGGUGUGAGGAGUGAAAGAAAGCAGCAGAAUGCAGGUCAGGGAGAUGAGAGAACACUGGCGGGCUUGGGAGGAAAGAGCGCUUGUAGAGAGAUGUGUGGAGACAAGGUGUAGGAGUAGGUGGGACUGACAUAUACAGGUGUGAAAGAGUCUACAAGAAGUAGGAAGUGAACGUCAGGCAUUCUCCUAUAGAACACAGCAGUGUAUACCCAGACAGGGAGACUAGGAAGGGACAGAGACGCUGAGGGACAGGAGCAUUAGGUCAGAGAGGCGUGGUAUAGAGAUAAAGGCAGGGACAGGUAGGAGCACUUAGGUAAUGGCAGGGUGGGGCGUAGGAGCAGGCUAGGAGAGCAGCCCAGUGACAGGAACAGUCUGCUGCAUACAAAUAACGCCUUGUAGGCUUAGGAGCAGCUAAGGAAGCAGAGCCAAGGCAGGCCCACUCCGAGAUAGGACAAGGAUUUAGUCUGGGGGACGAGCGCAAAGGUGAACGUUCCGUUGGGAAUAUAUAAUCUGCACAGUGUGGGAGAUUGAACUUCCACCCUCAAGGCUUUGAAAAUGCAAGACGCUCACUUCCUUAUGUCGGCCCUGCAGCCAAACCUCCAGAUCACCUCGCUGGCGCUUCCUACCGACUCGCAAAUGGACCGCAAGAUGCGCGAAGAGAACCAAGAGCUGCGCAACGCCCGCGUGCAGGAACAGGUCCGGGCCAGGAUGAUGCAAAAGGGGUCUUCGUCAUCAAAGGCCGGCUCCGUAUAUGGAGAGAGCUACACGACUCGAACCCAGUACAGUUCCGUGCCAGCUACCUACAAUUCCGCGACAGCUUCCUACAGCUCCCGCUCCCAGAUCCUCAACCCCGAUCAAAGGAUAGCUUCAAGCCGCUCGGUUGGAUAUGGUACCCUCGGGGGCAUGCGUUCAGGCUACUCUUCCCGCUCUGCUGUGGAUGUUGGGGCCUCACAGAGAAUCAGUGUACCUCCUCCACAACAACAACAACAACAACAACAACAACAGCAGCAGCAACAGCAACGAUACGCCACCUCCCGUCCAUCCUCCUACCAUGAAAAGGCCUAUACAGCUCGAAGAGAUUAUGAUACAAUGUCUCUGAGAUCGCUACGUAUUGGAGAUGGUGAUGACCGAUAUGAGCAAGUGGCAGUUUCUCAACCCGCUUAUUAUAAUCGUCAGAUGUCUUCUGUCAGUGCAGCACCCACAAUGCAGAGAUCCCUCUCAGGAAACUUUGGUCAGGAUGGUGGCGGUGGCUCAUGGGUUGAACGAGCAGAGGUAGUACAGACUCGGACAAUUCGUGCACCUGCCAUGCGCACUCUUCAACGUUUUCAAAGCAACAAUCGCAAUCGUGCUGCCUCUGGAUCGUAUGGCACCUUGAAUUCCGUUGGACAACAGAUACAACAGUCAGUUGGGGCAGGCUCUGGGUAUGUGACAACUACAAUGGAGCAAACCUCUCGAGCCCCGUCGGUGCGAAGCCUGGCAGAGUCUGCACACCAAGUUCAAGAGCUAAGAGGCAUGGAUGCUUAUGAUGGGAACAAAAGCUUGAUGAGUCAGCAUUCGUUCACUAGCGGGUUUGAUGAUAUUGAUAUGCCAUCAGCUGUGAAAUAUUUAAUGGCAACUGAUGCCAAUCUCCAGGUGCUGGGAGCAGCCUAUAUACAGCACCGCUGUUACAGUGAUUCAGAAGCUAAGAAACAGGCUCGAAGUUUGCAGGCCAUCCCUAAACUGGUGAAAUUGUUCAAUCACUCCAACCAAGAGGUGCAGCGUCAUGCCACAGGAGCAAUGCGCAAUCUGAUCUACGAUAGCCCCGAGAACAAGAUGUCGCUGGUGGAGGAAAAUGGCAUCUAUGAACUUCUACUGACACUUAAAGAACAAGAUGAUGAACUCAAAAAGAAUGUAACUGGGAUUUUAUGGAACUUGUCUUCCAGUGAUAACCUGAAAUCAAGACUGGCACGUGAUACUCUAAGUCCCCUGACAGAGAGGGUGCUGUUUCCACUCUCUGGAUCAUCAGGAUCUGCACUCAUCCAGCAGAAUGCAUCAGAGGCCGAGAUAUUUUACAAUGCCACCGGCUUUCUCAGGAACCUGAGUUCUGCCAGUGAGGAGACCCGUCAGAAGAUGCGAGAGUGCCCUGGGCUGGUGGACGCCCUGGUUGCAUACAUAAACCAAGCUCUACAGGCUGGCAAAUCUGAAGACAAGAGCGUUGAAAAUGCAGUAUGUGUGCUCAGAAACCUGUCCUACCGACUGUAUGAUGAGUUGCCACCAUCUUCCCUGCAAAGGCUGGAAGGAACCCAGAGAGGACGCACCGCGGCAGGAGACGGUGUGGGUUGUUUCACCCCUCAGAGCCGGAAACUGAAAGAGCAACAGGGCACAGACCUUGCCACUUUUGCAGAGAUCUCAAAGGAUCCGAAGGGGAUGGAGUGGUUGUGGCAUCCACAGAUUGUCCAUCUAUACAACCGACUACUGCAGCAAUGUGAACUCAACAGACACACAACAGAGGCGGCAGCAGGAGCGCUACAGAAUAUCACAGCCGGAGAUCGCAGGUGGGCAGCUGUGAUGAGCCAGGUGGCACUGGAACAAGAACGGAUUCUGAACCCCGUAUUGGACCGUUUGAGGACUGCAGAUCAAAGCCAGCUGCGCUCCCUAACGGGGCUCAUCCGCAAUCUGUCAAGACAUGCCAAGAACAAGGAUGAGAUGUCCACCAAGCUAGUCAGCCAUCUUCUAGAGAAGCUUCCUGGGGACAGCAAUGAUAAAGGUCCUCCUUCUGAAGUCAUCGUGAACAUUAUCGCUGUGCUCAAUAACCUGACUGUAGCUGGACCUCUCGCAGCACGGGAUAUAGUAUAUUUCAAUGGGCUCAGCAAACUGAUGUACAUCAAGAGGAAUCGAGAUGGUCCAGACAGUGAGAAGGCCUCCCGGGCAGCCUCCAGCCUCCUUACCAAUAUGUGGCAAUACAGCAAGUUACAACGGGACUACAAAUCAAAGGGCUACCGGAAGGAGGAUUUCCUUAGCUAAUGAUGCAGCGCCCACUUGCAACGCCAGUCUCCGCGCCUCCUCAGAAGAUCCGCAAGAAAGCACUGACCGAUGGACUACUUUCCUAGCCCUCCCUCCCUUUCUCUCUCUCUCCUGUGUACACCUAAGCACUCUUGAUAUGGCACAGCAGAGCUUGAGGGGUACAGUUUAUGUAGCUAGGUAGAAUAUCAAAUAGAGUUACGCAUUUGUGUGCGAAUGUAUUUUGUAAGAAAAGAAGAAAAAUAAAUAAAAUUAGUCUAUGGGGUUGUAUGUGAACACAGGUGAAUGUGCGUGUCGUGUUUUGUACAGUUAAUACAAAUACUAUAAUGCAACGGUCAUCAACCCUGUCCUCAGGGCCCACUACCAGGCCAGGUUUGCAAGAUAACUGAAAUGCAUCACAGGUGAUA